UCUUUAUACUUAGCGGUGACAUUAAUUUGUGGUGACACCUGCCAUAUGAAAAUAUUUCAAAAGUGUGUUCUAUUUUAUUUUGUUGUUUAGCGUGUUAUUUGUUUGGUUAUAUUAAUAUAUAAUUUGGUUUGGUUAUAUUAAUAUAAAUAGUUAAAGUAUUAAAAUAUAUAUUUAGUCAAAACAUACAAUGGGUAUCACGCUUUCAUAAAAUAUUGAUAAGCAAAGUUUAAGUCGGUGGUUAAAACUAAAUUUUCUAUGGAAAAUUGAAAAUAUGGAAACUGAUAACUCAAAUAGGGAAUUAGUAUGUAUACAGUUUCCAGGGAUCGUGAAAAAUAAUGAAAAAGCCUUGAGAUGCCUGGGUGGCAUCAAAAAUAUAUCACAGGUAUAUUCACAUCCCACUAAAAAGCGCUUAGGACUGUGCUUCCAACCAGAUAAUCCCUAUGUAAAGAAAAUAUAUGCAGAUGAAAAACCCACAGCUGGUGUUGUGAUAAAAGUUAGAGUGAAAAAAACCAUAGAAAACAAUGAAGUAAAGAGAGAAAUUAUGUCUACAGCAAUUGUUGGGCGAGUGAGCAAAAUCUUCAAAUUUGAAUCCAUGUGUGACUUUCAAUACCUUCCUGUAGAGGAAAAACCAGGGUCUAGUCAGGGUCAGUGUGUAUUGGAGAAGUUGUUACCAACAGGCCUAGAAGACACUGGUUUUAUGUCGGAACCUUCACAAUUAUUUAUAGUUCCAUCCCACUUCACAAGAUCUGAUAAACCAGUAGGCUAUAUGUACACAGACAAAAGGUACCAGGAAAAGAAGGCAAUCACAGAUAAUGAGGAUAAUCUUCACUAUAGAUUGAGACUUGAGAGAGGAAUGCCCACAGCUGGUGUACCAUUUAAUCUAAUAGAUAACUUACCUACAGAACCUCAAGAGUUUUAUGUUAAACAAAAAAUUGAAAGAUUGUCAACUUAUCCUGCUCUACAAAAUGAAUAUGAACUUGUUCAAAAGCUAUUUGAUGAGAGGCCUAUUUGGUCAAUGAAUUUAGUGAAAUAUCACAGUAAAGUAAGGACCCCGUCAUUGAAAAUAAUUCUGCCGUGUUUGGCGUUUUAUAUGAAGUCUGGACCCUGGAAGAUGCUGUGGGUCAAGUAUGGCUAUGAUCCCCGAAAGGACCCUGCUGCUCGGAUGUACCAAUCAUUGGAUUUUAGGGUUAGACAUACAGUGGGCAUACACUCUGUGGUCUUGACGCGUGAACACGCCCAGUACAAGAGAGCAGACCGCGUACGUAGCAAACAUAAACAUCGAAACAUCAGUGAUACCAGCGCGAACGAGGAAAUAACAGAAGCAACCGUCUACUUCCGGCCUGGUGUACCGCCGUCUCAGCGCCAAGUAUAUUAUCAGUUGUGCGAUAUAAAAUUGCCCGAAGUGGAAGAGUUAUUAGCGAAAGAGCCACCACCUGGUUACCUUUGCCACCCUAAACGCGGCUGGCUGCCACCCAAAGGCGAGGAGACAUGCCGUGACCACAUGUUUGAGUACCUUAAACAAAUGGUGAUAUCCAAUUACAGUGCCGAUGUGAAAUUUGAGCAAGGAAGCAGCGAUGAAGACAACUCUGAAGAUGAAGGUAGCAGUGCUAUCGGAACUGAAGUUGACGAAGCUCAAUAAAUGUAUAUUGUAUGUGUAUAUAUGUAAAUAUACAAUUGUAUUAAAGUAAUAAAAA